GCGUCGCCGGCGACGGCCAGUCCCGAGCGAACCUCCGAGCAGGCCAAACCACGCGCGUCCUCCGCGCAUUACUCCGAAAACCCGCGACCCCCUGGCCACCCGAUGAAUUAACCAUGACUCGCCACGCCACGCCACUCACCACAGUGUCCCACUAGUUGUUUAUGUGACAAACCCGCCGAUGCGCCGGUAAACAACCGGUCCAGAUAGGGAGGCUGUGCCGGUCUCACGCCUGAGCCCACUCUGACUACGGAGGAAUGCGGUAAUUUUAACUACUGCGGAGCCGCACCGUUCACUGUUAGGGAUCGACGGAUUACUGCCCACAAUAAGGCCCGUGCCGGCGGUCGAAUGCAGCUGCUGGUGAUGCAUCAACGAUGAGUCGCCGUGCGCGGCCGUGACAUGGGAGCGCAGGCAUGGGCUGGCGCGCCGUGGCACCGCCGCACAUCGCCGCCGGCUUGCUCCUCCUGCUGCUAGUUAACCUGCCAGUGACCUGCCACCAAGACCACCAAGAUGCUGUGCACAUCACGGCAAUCCUCGGCGAAAGCGUCGUAUUCAACUGCCAGGUGGACUUUCCUGAAGACAUCCCGGUGCCGUACGUGUUGCAGUGGGAGAAGAAGGUAGGCGAAACGGGACAGGACAUCCCGAUCUACAUCUGGUACGAGAGCUACCCAACGCACAGCGGGGAGGGGUACGAGGGAAGGGUGUCGCGAGUCGCGCCCGACUCCCCAUAUGGCGCAGCUAGCCUCAACCUCACCAAUAUCCGCGAAUCCGACCAGGGUUGGUACGAGUGUAAGGUGGUGUUCCUCAACCGGUCACCGAACCAGCACAAGAACGGCACGUGGUUCCACCUCGACGUGCACGCGCCACCGCGCUUCUCCAUCACACCGGAAGAGAUUAUAUACGUUAAUUUAGGAGACGCUAUCAUCCUCAACUGCCAGGCGGAGGGCACGCCCACGCCCGAGAUCCUAUGGUACAAAGAUGCGAACCCGGUGGAGCCGUCGGGCACCGUGGGCAUCUUCAACGACGGCACCGAGCUGCGCAUCAGCAACAUCAGGCACGAGGACAUCGGCGACUACACGUGCAUCGCGCGCAACGGCGAGGGCCAGGUGUCGCACACCGCGCGCGUCAUCAUCGCUGGAGGCGCGGUCAUCACUAUGCCACCAACGAAUCAGACGAAGCUAGAAGGAGAGAAGGUCCAAUUCUCAUGCGAGGCGAAAGCGCUGCCGGGCAACGUGACCGUGAAGUGGUUCCGCGAGGGGGCGCCAGUGGCGGAGGUGGCGGCCCUGGAGACGAGGGUCACCAUCCGAAGGGAUGGCGCCCUCGUCAUCAAUCCGGUGGCGGCCGAUGACUCGGGGCAGUACCUCUGCGAGGUCUCCAACGGAAUUGGGGACCCGCAGAGCGCAUCUGCGUAUCUAAAUGUUGAAUAUCCAGCUAAAGUGACAUUCACACCUACAGUGCAAUAUUUGCCGUUUCGGUUAGCGGGCGUAGUGCAGUGCUAUAUAAAAGCAAACCCACCACUUCAGUAUGUAACGUGGACGAAAGACAAGCGAUUGCUUGAGCCGUAUCAGACGAAGGAUAUAGUUAUAAUGAACAAUGGGUCGUUGUUGUUUACUCGCGUCAACCAAAACCACCAGGGCAGGUACACGUGUACCCCCUAUAAUGCUCAGGGGACUCAGGGUUCUUCGGGUCCCAUGGAAGUGCUAGUACGAAAACCUCCAGCAUUUACCGUGGAACCAGAACCUUUGUACCAGAGAAAGGUCGGCGAGUCAGUAGAGAUGCACUGUGAAGCUCAAGAGGCCGAAGGCACGCAGCGUCCAAGCGUGCAAUGGCGGCGGCGGGACGGCCUGCCUCUACAGAAGAGCCGAGUACGAGCGUUGGGCGGGAACAUCACCAUCGACACGCUGCGCCGCCAGGACUUCGGCAUCUACCAGUGCGUCGCUUCCAACGAGGUCGCCACGAUAGUAGCGGACACGCAGCUGGUGAUCGAGGGCACGCAGCCGCACGCGCCGUACAACGUGUCGGGCACCGCCACGGAGUUCCAGGUCACGCUGCGGUGGCACCCCGGCUACGCGGGCGGGCCCGACUACAAGCAGGACUACACCAUCUGGUACCGGGAGGCUGGCUUCUCCGAGUGGACCAAAGUGCCGGUCACGCCGUCGGGAGCUACCUCGGUAACCAUAAAUCGGCUGCAGCCAGGGACCACGUACGAGUUCCAGGUGAACAGCAAGAACACGAUCGGCGAAGGCAUGAUGAGCAAAGCGAUCACAAUCAGAACGUUAGAUGUAGGCGCCAAGCCGAAGGCGGCGCCCACGCCUCCGGGGCCCGUAGACGAAAAGAUAUUUCAGAACGCACCCGAAGGCUCUGGUCCCAAAUCGGGUCCGCCUCGGAACCUGACGGUGACGGAGGUGCACAACGGGUUCCUGAUCACGUGGCAGGCGCCGCUGGAGCGGGCGCACCUGGUGCAGUACUACACCAUCAAGUACCGCACCGACGCGCAAUGGAAGACGCUCAACCGGGGGCAGAUCCGCCCCGAGGAGACGAGCUAUUUGGUUAAGAAUCUAGUCGGCGGUCGGACGUACUACUUCAGAGUGUUGGCCAACUCGGCCACCAGCUACGAGAGUUCCGAAGAGGUGAAGUUCCCGGUGCCCGCGCGGGUGAAGCACAAAGCGAUAACAGCGGGCGUGGUCGGCGGGAUCCUGUUCUUCAUCGUAGCCAUCAUCCUGUCCGUGUGCGCGGUGAAGAUCUGCAACAAGCGCAAGCGCCGCAAACAGGAGAAAGCAUACAACAUGGUAGCCGCGCGGCUCACAGACCUGCGCGCCGCCGACAGCACUCAAGUGCCUUUUAAGAAAUUUAGAGAACGCGGAAUAUCGAGUAUAGUCCAGUGUCUACGGUUCACCGCGAACUGGAUAUGGCCGGCUUCGCGAUGCGGCGGAGAGGCCCACUACUGGAGCUCGGUGCGGCGCGUGUCGCCCGCGCCCUCCGCGCUCGCCGCGCCCUCCCCGGCGCCCUCGCCCGCGCCCUCCUCCUCCGACGACGGCGGCUUCCUGCCGCGCGUGCGCGCCCCGCUGCGGCCCGCCGCCGCGCCGCCGCUGUUCCGCGCCUCCUCGCCCGCGCUCGCGCUGCACUGGCCGCCGUGGCCGCCCUGGCCCCCCUGGGCGGCCGCCUGGACGCCCUGGUCGCCGCUGCACGUGUCCGACCUCAGCUCGGUGCCGUUCCCGAGCUCCGCGGACGGCUCGUUCCCGACGCCGCCCUCGCCCUUCCGCCUGCGCGCGCUGCGCCUGGAGCCGGCGCGCGCCGGGGCGCCGCGGCCGCGCGCGCGCCCGCUGUCCCGCCACGCGCGCCCGCGCACCGCGCUCGACCCCCCGCCGCCGCACGAGGCGUCCCCCGAGAGCCGCAGCUCCUCCAGCGGCUUCGGCAGCAAGAACGCCUCGUCGCAGCACAACCGCAGCAGCCGCACCGGCAGCCUCGCGGAGUGGCGGCCGCCGCCGUACCGGCCGCCGCCGCCGGCGCCCCCGCCGCGGCCCGGCUCGGGCGAGGCGGCGGACGCGGGCUCCGUGGACGUGCACUACGAGUGGGACCGCGCCACGCGCACGCCCACGCCGUCCACGCCCGAGCGGCCGCGCGCGCGCCCCUCGCGCGACGACGUGGAGGCGCGCGUGCGCGCCAUGAAGGAGGAGUUCCUGGAGUUCCGCAAGCGGCAGGCGCUGCGCCGGCGCUCGCCCGAGCCGCUGUCGCCGCUGGCCGCCUUCGCGCCGCCGCCGCCGCCGGCCGAGACCGUCUGCUGAUCUGCGUGAUAGCCUUUCCCGUCUAUAUCCUUGCGAUUUCUGCCAACGUUUAAGCGAAAACUUUAAAAUCGUAAAUCAGUUCGAACUAGUCCUAACUCCAAUUUAUUUGAAGUCCGAAGUCGAUAUAGUCCCCACCUUAUCAAAACAGGACUCGAGUAGCCGGAGUCUCAAGUUUCCGCGGGCCGCCGAAGGCGACUGUCCGGGGCAGAUAUUCGUAGAAGCAAUCUCCGCUACGGAGCGCAAAGAUCCCACCUCUAUCGCCGGCGCAACGAACGCGACGGCGACUAUUUAUUAAUAAGUUACUUAGAAACGACUUCAGGCGCAUAAAGCUGUUUGACUGUAAUAAUGUACGUAUAUUAUAAAGUGGAUGCCGUGACGUUUCGUAUUCGCACUGCCUGCUCUCCUCUUAAAACAUUUAAAUGUCAAUUAAAUACUAUUGUACUUAUAAUCGAUUGCACGAACUUGGUGCAUUUUUAAGCGAUAUAUCACACCUACUUUUAAAGUCGGAACGGUGCUUUCAUUAAAGUAAGAUACUGCGAAUUAUUUCAGUGAAACUACGGAUAUAAUUAUUAUCAAGCUGGCCUUAUUGAGAACAAACGAACGUGCCAUACAUUUACCUCGUAAGUAACUGGUAGCCCGGGGCGCCGGGGCGUACGAGCGUAGAGCGCGCGGCGCGGCGCGGCGCAGCGCGGCGGGCGGGCAGUGCGGGCCCACGUUCACCUAAACGCUUUAGGUAUGAGCGGGGUAGCAUCCACGACACCGCUCAUACCAAAAUUAUAUUGUAGUUAUUAUUGUAACUAAUUUAUGGGAUAACGACUUAUUAAAGGAGGAGGCGGCCGGCGCCGGCAGCCGCGGCUCUAACGACACUAGAUAGGACUCACUCACAAAGUAAUGAUUAAGUAUAAGCGCGGCCGCGUCGCCGGCCGCCGGCGCUCUUUUAUAUAAUAUACACAAAUAAUCAUAAGUAGAACUUAGACAUAAUGUAGAUCGAGACGAGAUACUUAAAACGGAUUAUUUGUUUCAUAUUUUUAAAUGAAUUAUUUUACAAGUACAAAUUUAUUAUUUUUUAUUGUUUAUGUACCUACCUUAUAUAAUUUUUAAAACUGUACAUAUGUAAAAACAUAUUAGAUAUUAUCUAUACACUUAUUUAUUUAGGUAUGGUAUGAUUGAGAUUCUAAAGAACUUGCUGCCAGUGCUUGAGUGGCACGCACGAGACACGUGAGUCGUCAUUAUUUUUUAAACUGUUUACAUUUCCUAGACUUGUUUCUUAAUGUUAUUAUUCAUAUAGUGAUGCUAAAAGAAAUUCAAUGUCACUGCCCAAGUGAUAGCAGAAGUUCAGUCAAUUCUCUUUUACUCCAUGCACUGACUGAAAUCUGUGACGGCACGUGUACUGGGUACUUAUUUGUUUUCGACUGAAAGUAUACUGUAACUAGCCUUCUCUAUUUAUUAUGUUCAACGCAAUUUCGCCUAUCUGUUCCUGGAGCAAUCCCACCUAUAGUUGACCAGUCAAUGGAAAGACUGUUUAGUGUUAUGUUUGUUGUUAGUUUUACUUGUCGCGUCGAGUGCUCUUCGCGUUUUCCUUGCAUGCACGUUGUACAUUCUGUGUCUAUGUUUGUUAUCUGAUUUUUUUUAAUACCGUGUUAAGGACCUCCUACGAAAUAAGUAUAAAAAUGUACGCUUUAAAGAAAUUGGAAUAAAUAACUCAUAACAAAUAGGUAGGUAGGUAUGAUAAGAUGUAGUUAUGUAUGUGCGUGCAUGGAAGCCUCUGAAAGGGAUAACAAGUAAGCGCGAGUUGGCGACGUGCGGAGUUGCGGACGAGUGACCAGGGCGCAUGAGAAUUUGGGCACUCGAAUGGCCAGGGCACAUGAGGAUUUGGCCAUUCGAGCUCCCAGGAAAAUCAAGUGCCCAGGCCACACGGGGGCCUGAAGCGGAAAAACGCUAAAGCCGUACCCCACGCAGCAGACCUAGCGCGCAUCGUUUAGUUCACUGCCGACGACGAUUAUUAUAGGGAUAAGCUAUGUUUAACAAAGACACAUUAGAUGAUUGUUUUAUUAUUUUCUAAAACGUUCCCUAGAUAUCUCCCGAAAUAGAGUUACACUUAGAAUAUUAGGAUCGACGACAUGUGCAAUAAAUUAGCCACUGUUCAGUAAAUUAAUGGUAUGUUAAAUGCUCAAUAUUGUCGACUGACCAACUGUAAAAAAUAUUGAUACACGUACAUUUUGUGAAGCCGGGUACUCAAUGCGGACAACUGUCGUUGUAAGACCGAUUGUGGCUGCAGAGUGCGGCGGAGCGGUCUCGGAAUGGCCGCUCCGGUGCGGUUAUUGUUGAUUUGUUCAGUACGGUCAACCCAGAAAAUUAUUUUGAAGAAAUUAUUCAGUCUUUAGUCGUUCACGACAGUAGGCAUAUCAAGCAAGAUAUGAUAAUGACGAUUUUUAACGUAUGGUACCUAUGUAAAAUUUUGAGUAUACUUAUACAUUUUUAUUACUGUAAAUAUUGAGUGAUCAAUUAUUUAUCCACUAUUGGCAAACGAUUUGUGACUACAGACGUAGGGAAACACACAGUUGAGUAGUUCGUGUAGGUUUUAUAUGCCCAUUUACUUCGAGUUACUUAUAAACGACUUCUUAAGUAAGCGAUUACACAGCAACAUGAGGUUUGGCAAGCGAGCUCUGAUCCCGGUCUUUUAGGAAAUUAUGUUAACAUUUUACGGACGUACAAGAUUAAGAGAAUGAAAAGUAAUAUAUAUAGCUCAAACCAUGUGAUAUCUAGUCUUUUUCCAAUAUAAAAUUAUCCUUCCUUUACGUACUAAACUAACGUUAGCCAUAAAGUGCAAUCUUAUCAAAGUGCAUUAACAUUAUGUUUAGUUUGUAACAACCGAUCGUACUACAUCGGUAACCGGCCGUCGGAGCACAUAAAGUACCUUAAUACACUUAAGAACUUUUUAAUGUUGUUUAUUUCGUAUUACUUACUUAAUUCGAAAGAAAUUACGUGAAUUAUUAUAGCAUUUCGAACAUAGCCUAAAAGUCACUUGACACUUUCUAUAGACUAAAAAAUGAAAAGAUAGCAAUAUAUUAGAAUAAUGUAACUAAAUCGUAUAUAUCAGUUUGUAUAAAGGAAAGUAAGUACCUAAACGAAGUAAUGUGCACAUUGGCAGAAAAUAAUGCGGUGAAACAGGGCACCCGAAUAUUAAAAAAUUAAGGCAUACUUAAAUGCACAAUAUCUCAGCACAAUAAGUGAUAUCGAAUAUUCAUAGCAUCAUACUGAGCACUUUAACUGUCACACCAAUAAUUCCACAAUAAGUUCGCCUCGAUUGGAAACAAAAAUGCACAAGCCACAAUUUUAUAACUCGAAAUAUCCAUUGUUUUCAUUUUUAGAAUAUUUUUAGUUGUAAGUGUUGAGGUCAUGUGUUUACUGUGUAAGCACAAAA